AUGUACACUGAUCUACCAUUCAGUAAAACAUUUUGUUCGGUCGUGGAUAGACGUUGUUUUCGGUGUUAAGGAAAUAUAUAAGUUUUGGUGCAUAAUUUAAUUUGAACCGGUACAAAAAGACUCUGUGGCCCCCGAAAAUGAAAUUGUUAGCGACCUCUAUAGUGGUGGCGUUGCUGCUGCCAGCUGCGCUUUGUGCAGACUUAUGCUCAGAGUCGAGUGCCAACUUUUUGAUGCAUCGGGGCGAUCUCUAUCGUGGCCAACAGGAAUUCACAGUGUCCAUGUUGGAGGCCAUCCGCAAGGCGAAGCCGGAUGAAAAUAUAUUUUUCUCACCCUACAGCACCUACCAUGCGCUGCUCUUAGCCUACUUUGGUGCUGGCAGUGAAACCGAAAAGGAGCUGGUCAAGACGUUGCGUCUUGAGUGGGCCAGCAGCAAGGAAGCGGUGCGUAGCGUAUAUAAUUGGGAGAAACAAAUGCGUGCUGUGCGUUCUGAGAACAUGCCUUUGGAGUUUGGAUCUGCAGAUCGCAUCUAUUUCGAUCAGCAUUUCAGUUUGGCCAGCUGCGUAGAGAAACGUUUUUACAAUGAAAUUGUGAAGCUAAAUUUUAGACAAGAACCGGAAGAGUGCCGCACGCAUAUUAACGCCUGGAUUGCAAAUGUCACACGCAAUGAAAUACCCGAUAUGUUGGGCCCCAAUGAUAUCGAUGCUAAGACUCAAGUGGUCCUGGCAAAUGCCGCCUACUUCAAGGGUCAAUGGGUGAGCCGUUUCAAGGAAAAGAACACCGAAAUGAAAACUUUUUAUACAUCCGGCACCAAGCAAUCAUUCACGCCCAUGAUGAAACAAAAGGGCACAUUCCUCCUGACAACAGAUGAACGUUUGGGUGCCCAUGUGCUUCAGCUGCCGUAUCGUACAACGAAGGAGGAGGAAAAGGAUGAGAAUGAUGACAUCAAAUCUGACAUAUCCAUGGUGAUCAUCUUGCCAACAUUCAAUGCCGACGCAUUGGAGCAAGUGCUAAAUAAAUUGAAUGCCAAGACACUGGCGCAGUCAUUAGCUGAGGGCAUGCCACGCGAGAUUGAGGUCUCUUUGCCCAAAUUCGAAUUCGAACAACGUUUUGAGCUAGUACCGAUCCUGCGAGAAAUGGGUAUUCGAAAGAUCUUUGAAGGCGAUGCUGAUUUUAACGACUUCACCGCUGAGGAACAAAUUUCGUUUGGCGAUGCCAAGCAUGUGGCCAAAAUCAAGGUGGAUGAGGAGGGCAGUACAGCAGCAGCCGCUACAGUUUUGGUCAGUUUCAGGUCGGCUCGUCCCAUCGAGCCAACCAAGUUCGAGUGCGACCAUCCUUUUGUGUUCUUAAUCUAUGACAAAACUUCACAGUCCAUCCUGUUUACGGGAAUCUUCCGCGAUCCCAUGACGGCAAAGAUCUAAGGUCUUUCUCAGUAACCAAAUUUUGUUCCAGAUAAGUACAGAAAGUUAUAAUAUGUAUAUGUAAUAAAUUAUAUAUCUUCCUAAAAUGAAA